ACGCCCCUUUGGCAAUCGGGACAGGAAAAGCAGGGGGAGCCAAGGGGGAAGCAGAGUGAUAUUUAAGUACCAGCCAGAACGGCUGGGAGCUGCAGUCUGAACUGGCAGAAGACCCCUACAGAGAUAGAGAGAGAAACCCAGAGAGAUCAAGGUCACAUCUCUGAGUCACAUUCCUCCUCAUCUACUCCGAAAAAAAGAAAGAAAGAAAGAAAGAAAGAAAGAAAGAAAGAAAGAAAAUGGACUCAGCUAAAGUAAGCGGAUUCCUGACUGCCAGCUUCCUCCUCUUUGCUCUACUGGGAGAUCCCACAGAGGCCUGCUCCUGUGCCCCCAGACACCCCCAGUCUGUCUUCUGCUAUGCUGAUGUCGUGAUCAGGGGCAAAUUUGUGGCUGUCAGCCAGGAGUCUGUGAACAUCUCAGCAGGAGAACCUGUCUGGUGGAUUCGCUAUGAGAUCAAAACCAUCAAGGUGUACAAGGCUCCUGAGGAGAUGCAAGACGUUCACUUUCUCCACACCCCAGCCAUGGAAAGUAUCUGUGGAUAUGAACACAAGGGUUUAAAAGGAGAAGAAUAUGUCAUUGCAGGGAUGCUGGAAGGUGACCGUGUUAUGAUCUCAGCAUGCUCUUUCAUCCAGCCAUGGGCGCAGCUAACUCUUGCCCAGAAGCGAGGCUUGAGUUCAGACUACAGCAAGGGCUGCAACUGCACAAUUGUGCCCUGCACUUCCAUGCCAUGUUCCGUCACCUCCGACAAUCAGUGCCUGUGGACGGAUGGGAUCAUGUCUCGGGUAUGGGAUCAAUUCCAAGCCAAACGUUUGGCCUGCCUGCCCUGGCCUAGAAAACCUGGCCUCUGUACCUGGCAAUCCCUCAACACCCAAGUCCCAGGAACCUUUCGCAAGGCUCGCCUGAUGCAGUAACAUCUUCAUGGACUCUAAUAGAGCUGGAGCUCCACUCCGUGAAUAACCCUCCCUCACCCACUCUUUUUCUUGUGUUGUCUCUUUUUAAAUAAAUGCCAGUUCCAAACCUUC